ACCAAAGUCAGCGAGGAGAAAGAUAGAGUCCGGUCGUACAUCUUCAACGUGCAAACAUAAGCUACGGAUCGGGAUAUUCAUACCAAAACUUAUCGCAACCAAGUGUACCAAACAAAGCCUUGUCACACUUGUUGGCGUUUUUGUAGGGGCUGGCAGGUCGUCCCGCUAGAGAUUGACGAGAUGAAGUCGUCGGUUGAUGUUGUAACACUGACUGACGACAUGGAGGUGUUGUCUGCUGAAAAUGCCGAGUUGAAGGCGUCACUAAACAAGGUCAAGAAGAAAAAUUGGGAGUGUGCCAGUUAUUAUAUGUGGAAGACUAGGUCCGAUUUGAUGAAGGAAUUCUUGGAUGGGAAGCAUAAUGGUUGGACCCCUCAAGCUGAUAUCAACCACUUUCGUCGAGCAUUCCCUGAUGAUUAUGUCCCCCCUGGUGCCGAGGAUGACGAUGAGGAUGUUGAGGUAGGCGCAACUGCCACAAGUCCCAACACCAAGGUCGAGACGGUACCAGGUGAUGGUGAACAAACAGAGAAUGCCGACUUUGAUGUUCAACCUGAGUUUGAUGAAGGAUUUUUCUUUUGGAUGGCAAGCAGGAUGGUUUGGACUCCAAAGGAAGACAUUGUCCAGUUCAACACUGCAUUCCCCGAGGAGUAUGUCCCCCCGGUGCCGAGAGUGACGAGGAAGACGUUGAGGAGGGCGCAACUGCAACCAGUCCCAAACGCCUAAGUCGAGUUGGCACCAGGCAAUGUCGAGCAAAGGGAGAAUGCAGGCCCGGAAGAUCCGCUGGAGUAGUCCCACCCUGAUAAAAUUUCAAAUAUAAGUGUUUGUAGGUACUGUUAAGAAUACUUUGGUUUGAUUUUGGAUGACCCGUAGGUGGUCAGAAAACAUUGUGGUUGUGUUUCGCCUUGAGGGCGGCAGUAUGGUUUUAGCUUGUUUUUAGGGAACAGGUCUGUUGAAAUAUUGUGUGGAUUUGAGGUAUUGAUUGUGUGUGGCAUAUGUGAGUUUUGGUAGUUUUUGGUUAUUGGGUUUGCAGGUUGUGGCCUCUUGACCCUGCUGUUGCGACGACUUCAACCCCGCAGCUGCUUUG